AUGAUUAUCAUAUUGCAAAUGGGUGUUCUGAGUGUUUUCUAUAUCUUCAUGGCACUUCAUGUUAAAGAGAUUGUCGAGACGAUAUGGCCAGAAUGCCAGCUGAGAACAUCAGUCUAUAUGUUCAUAGUGUUCGUACCUCUUGUAUUGAUCAAUUAUAUUCGAACAUUGCGAGUAAUCGCCGUGUUCAGUUGGAUCGCCAAUAUCCUCAUGCUUACCUCUUUCGUUAUCAUUUUCCAGGAUUUACUGCGGUCAGAACACGUCACGAGCACACUGCCGUGGAUAACAGAUUUUGACAGUUUAGCAACUGCGGCCGGAGCAAUAUUGUAUUCGUUUGAAGGCCAAGCCAUUGUGAGUGCACAUUCAAUUCAUGCGGGAUUUCGAAAGCAUCAAUUGACCUGA